GAGGCGGCACACCAAGGUGCUUGAUGGGAAACCCUCUAUAGACGUUUCACCUGUUUUAUUCCACUGUUUUCCCAGAUAAUCCACCCGCCUCCCUCUGUCACACAGAUAGCAUGGACAGAUUCUACGACCAGCAGGUCCCUUUUAUGGUCCCACCCAGUCAGAACUCUGCCGCAGAUGAAGCGCCCAGCGGCCGGCUUCUGAACGACAGGAAGAGGAAGUUCGUGGACACGGAGCUCGCCCAGGACACAGAAGAACUCUUUCAAGAUCUGAGCCAGCUGCAGGAGAUCUGGAUCGCAGAAGCCCAGGUUCCUGAUGAUGAACAGUUCGUCCCAGAUUUCCAGUCAGAGAGCCUGAUGUUUCAUGGACCUCCGCCGGCCAAGAUCAAACGAGAGGCCGCCGCCGCCAAGGAGCUGUCCCCGUGCCACCAGGACCGGAGUCCCAUGCCCUACGGAGAGAAGUGCCUUUACAGCUACAGUGCCUGCGACGGAAAGCCGAACCCCGGAUUCAAGCCAUUAACCCCCCCCUCCACUCCAGUGUCUCCCUGCCUCCCCAGCAGCACAGCGCUAACGCAGACCCCGCCUCCUCGUUCCCACGUGGCCAACCAGACGCCGGGGCUGCGGCAGCUGCAGCCACCUCCCAGCCAGCACGCUCUGCCCGCCCAGAGCCCCCCCUUCGCCGUGCCCUGCGCCCCCCCCAGCCAGGAUGCAAACAGCUUCACGGAGCACAGGUUCCAAAGGCAGAUGUCAGAACCAUGCAUCCCUUUCCCCCCGUCUAAGAGCCAAACCCACCCCCCGUUCCUGCAGCAACCCCCCAGCAGCAACAGCCUGACCCGCGACGGUCGCCCUCCCUACCACCGGCAGAUGUCCGAGCCGCUGGUGGCCGUUCCUCCUCAGGGCUUCAAGCAGGAGCUCAUCGACCCUCGAUACAGCGAGCAGGGCGGGGCCCCCAUGGGUCCCCCCCGUCAGCAGGCGUUCCACCCUAUGGCCAUUAAACAGGAGCCGCGGGACUUUUGCUUCGACUCUGAAGUGCCUAACUGCCAGUCGUCCUUCGGGAGGGCGGGGAGCUUCUACCAAAACCCCCAUGAGAGCUACGCGUACGACAGAGAUUCCCAGCUGUACUUUGAUGACACCUGCGUGGUUCCUGAAAGGUUAGACGGGAAAAUAAAACAGGAGCCUUCUGCUUACCGGGAGGGCCCUCCUUACCAGCGCCGCGGCUCCCUGCAGCUUUGGCAGUUCCUGGUCACCUUGCUGGACGACCCGGCAAACGGACACUUCAUCGCCUGGACCGGGCGGGGCAUGGAGUUCAAACUCAUCGAGCCCGAGGAGGUGGCUCGUCGCUGGGGAAUCCAGAAAAACAGGCCGGCCAUGAACUACGACAAGCUUAGCCGCUCGCUGCGGUAUUACUACGAGAAGGGCAUCAUGCAGAAGGUGGCGGGUGAACGGUACGUCUACAAGUUCGUCUGUGAUCCCGAGGCUUUGUUCUCCAUGGCGUUCCCCGACAACCAAAGGCCCAACCUGAAGGUGGACCUGGACGGCCUGCAGGGCCUGGAGGACGACACCGUCCCCCUCACCCACUACGACGACGCCGCCUCCUACCUGCUGGAGGCGGGGGAGCAGUGUGCCCCCGCUCUGGCCUUCCCUGACAACUACGGCUACUGACAGGCUGCUUGUGUCCUGACGCACAACACACACGUACAUGCAAACACUCCCAAAGUUUCUCCUCGCGCCCGCUCUGAAAUUUCAGAGCUGGAACCGCAGAGCUGCCUGGAGGGGAAAGUGACCUCUGCUCCUUCCGGGUUCCAUCUUCUGCUCCCUGGAAAAUCCCUCUGAAACCUCCGGAAGCUCGGCAGCUCGUAAACGAGGGAAGAACCCGCCGCGGCUCCUUUCGCCGCCAGGAGAGGUUCCUGAAACCAGGGCGAACUGGACUCUGUAGCUCCAGCGCUCUCCAAAGCAAGGCGAGGGCCGUCGUUGCCACGGAGACCAAAGCCCAGCGGCUUUGAGCGGACUGACAGACGCUCUUUGUACGAGACGGCGGGAGUCGUCGUUUUGUCCGACUUUGUGACAAUCUUGUUUAACUUAGAAGCAACCAAUCACAAGCCGUUUCAGAUUCAGCACUAUUCUGUCCAGAGUUGCCUUUCUGGGCUCCCAUGUUUGCAUCCGAUCAGUGAAAGGGCUUCGAUUCGCUUAAAGACUUCGUCUCUGUAGAUAGAACAUCCUUUUUCACAGCGGACUGUGGGCUUGUUGGUUCAGCUGCUCUGUUACGUAAAUGUUGUUUGAUUCUGUGUAAGGUUUUCUGUGCAGCCCCCGCCCCCCCCCCCCCCCCCCCUCACUGAGGAGAGCACAUGGCGCUCCCUGUUCCCCACAUCAUGUCCUAAUUUUCUGUUGUAUCUGGGUGCUUGGCGUAUCCUCUGCAGUGUUCUCGCUCCUCUGAUGCCCCGGUACGGCGGUGGCAUCAGGAGGCUGCAUGCUCACACAGACGGCGUGGGGGGGGCCCUCUGCAUGCUGGAAUCAGUCCGCUGACAUAUCCCUACUGGAUUUGGACACAGUUUGUGAUAUUCUUUUUUUUUCUGGGGGGGGGGGGGGUCUUUUCGUUUUUGAAUUUCAAGCAAAGAAAAACUUCUAUAAAGUAUCUAUUUUUGCUAUAAGGCUGCAUUGGUUUUGAUUUGAAUGUGUUAAGCUAUAAAAUGCAGCCUGUAAUAAAGAUGAUGACGACGAUGGCUCCGGGUUGGACAGCAAACGAGGACGCGUUCCGUCCCACAGAGGCCAAAGCGAAGAAGAUCCCGUCCAGCCCGGACGCACGGAGGAUCUGCUUAUGUACAGAUUUCAGCCCCCGCCCCCGUCUGUUUCUUACUCUGCUGAGUUUCUGUACCGGGUACAAUAAAAGCUCCUUGAUGAUA